AUGAAAUUCCAGGAUUUCCUAACUGAAUUCACUCAUGAAGCUCAAGAAUCCAAGACCGACAUUCAAUCUUGGAAGGAAGACCUUUACAGCAAGCUGAGCUUUGAGCUGCAGCUUACAAAGACAGCAAAUCGCCUUGAAGCAAUUUCUACUGUUGAGAGCAAAGUACGCUGUCGCAGUAUGAAUAUGAAUUCAAGUGCUAGUUCCAACGCCAGUAAAUCUAUUCGCUUAACCCCUGCUCCCUCUGCUGCUGGUAGCAGUUUGUCGAACAAGGAUGGUAAGAAAGGUGAAUGGGUGGAUGACGCAGCUUAUGCUCUACUUAUAAAAGAGGGCAAAUGCUUCAAAUGUCGCCAAACUGGUCACAUUGGUCGAGAUUGUCUUAAUAAUGAUAAGCUAGCUGUAAAGAAGAGUUCGGACCUCAAGAAGCUGGAAAAGGUAGAUGAAGCGAGCUCAGCUAACUCUAAUUCGGAAUCGGAAAACGAGUAA